UGAAAUUUGUGUCAAUGUAAAUGUUUAUCAAGAAUAUGAAACAAUUAUUUUCUAAAAUGCAAUAAAACUUUAUAAAUGGCUAAUAUGGAUUCUUCUCAGUCGUCCCUAGAACCAGUGAAUAUAUUUUCUGAAUGGUAUCCCAAAUUAUGUCACAUUAUGAAGCGCUCACCUAUACCAGCCUUAAAGCCGUUGAAGAUAGGAGAUCUACUGACGCUCAAAUUUGUUGGUGAUGAAUUUGGCGUAGACGAAUGGAUACUAAUCGCGCAUGCUCUCAGUUCCGACAAAAGUCUCCAGGUACUUAGUAUCAAAAGCGAAUUAAUAGAUUGCUCAUUUUUACAUGAUGCUGACUCAGAACAGAAAGUUAGAUCCAUACAGAGAGAAUUCGGAUGGCUGUGGACAGCAUAUAUAUUCAAACUACUCACAAUAUCUAUCUCAUUUGCCAUACGACAAACAGAAGCUCUUACACGUCUAGAACUAGACGGUCUACCGAUGUUCCCGCAAUAUUUAGAAGAUCUACUCAAAGCUUUAGGUAAAAAUAGAACCAUAAUACACCUUUCUUUGGCUAAUUGUAUAAUUGGCGAUGCUGGAUGUGAAACCGUGUGCAAACAUAUACGAGGUACACCAAAUAUUGAAAUCUUAAAUCUCUCUGGUUGCCACUUAAGUUCAAAAAGUGGUGAGUACUUAGCAGACUUGAUGCAGUAUCAAAGAUUUAAGAGGUAUUCUGGAGAACGAGAAUGGAGUCUUGCACGAAGAAUUGAAAGCUCGCGAAAAUAUGAUAUGAGAGGAGUUAAGCGAAUUACUAUCAACGAUAAUGCUAUCUUUGGGGAUGAGGGUUUUGAAUACCUUCUAAAUGAACUAAAGAAUAACUCAUGGAUCAAGGCUUUAGAUCUACGACGUUGUGGAAUAACUGAAGAAUUAACUCCCAUAAUUAUCAACAUUCUUUGUUCGCAAAAAUCUUUGGAAAUAGUUGAUUUGAGGUUAAACGAUUGUAUGAACCAAAAAACUAUCAAGAGAGUUCAAGAAUUAUUACAACAAGAUAUUGAAUGCCGACAAGAAUUCGAUGACUCUUCAAAUCUCACUUUGGAUUCUACAGACGACUCAAAAUUUUCUGUUAAUAGCAUUGUCACUCAUUUGAUACAAUUUUUUAUAUUCUGUUAUGAUAAAUUGAUGAAUCAUUGAAAA